AUGCUACUUUGGCCACUGCUAACAACUGUAUUUUUAUUCAUAUCAGGUCUUCCAGUUGGAGCUUAUAAAAUUCUAAUAUUCAGUCCACGGUUUGGUCGAAGCCAUGUUAAAUUCAUGGGUGCAGUGGCCGACAUACUCGCUGAAGCAGGUCAUAAUGUGACAGUUUUCUUGCCGAUCAUGAGUCCACUGGUAACAACGAAUGGUACCAAAGGGCCAGUACGAACAAUUACCGUACCGACACAUCCUGAGGUAAUGAGGUGGUGCUCGGACACGAGUUUCAUUCACAACGGCUGGAGUCAAAAGACAGCUUCACUGUCCGGCUUACUCGCUGUAAGUUUCCAGAAUUUCGAAAUACACAGAUUUUUGAACAAGCGACGUGAUUUACAGUUAACAAGUGGAAUGUCCGAUAUGUUUACACUGGCAUGCGAAUCAGUUUUGGAGCAUACCAAUGUGCUGGAGGAGCUCAAAGCGGAAAAGUUCGAUCUUGCCAUGAUGGAGAUAUUCGAUGGCUGUCCAAUUGGUUUUGCAAAGUUCUUUUGUGCUUCAAGUUUUCUAUUUUGUCCGGAAAUUUCAGAGAAAAAUAGAGAUUUUUGA